AAAAAUAAUAAUAAGUGUACCAAUGGCAUAUAAUGACAGGUCAAAAUAAAUAAUAACUGCAUCAAUAACACUAUUGUGUCGUUCACAUACGCCCUCUAUAUUAUUAUGCAAAAGCCCUUUAGCUAUAUGCACCUGCUCAGAAGACUAGUUACGCAACAUUAAUAUGUUAAAACAGUCUUGGAAGAACACUUGAGUGCGAGGAAAAAAGAAGAUGUCCCAGUUCGCUAUUCGAUCAAAUUUAUAGAAUGACGGGGGUCAUACCUUGCCUGGCGUUAGUCCUCGCGUGAACCAUACACUACAUCAGUGCAUCAGCCAGUGACUACUAUAGGGAGUUCUCGUUCUAUAACAAACCCGAUCAUAUUCUCUCCAUACCAUCUGGUUUGGUGAAUGCCACAGAAAUGACGACCAAAGUUACCGAUAAAAUGGCUUGUAUCUUCGCUUGUACAAAGAGCAGGCCUUGGUGUGGAUCAGUCAACUUUAAGAUCCAGCGUGAGAAUGACGGCCUUCACAUUUGUGAGCUUCUUUCUACCGACAUGUACACCAAGCUCAGUUACUUGAAGCCAGCACAAGGAUUCGCUCAUCUUAGCAUUAAGACAAUGACGAAUAUCAUUGCGUAUGUAAUGCAACAAAAGGAAAAGACUGCGAAAUAUUUUACAGUGAUUGCUCAGAGCUCCGUUCAGCUGGUUACACUGCAGAUGGAGUCUAUCAAAUCGAUCCUGAUGGAAAAGGCUCCUUCCCAGUCUACUGCGACAUGACAACAGAUGGCGGAGGGUGGACUGUGUUCCAAAGACUCGACAACAAAUUGGUGAGCUUUAACCAUGGGUGGCAAGACUACAAAACCGGUUUUGGUAACCUAAAUGGUGAGUCUUGGCUGGGCCUUGAGAAGAUCUACCGACUGACCAAAAGACAAGUUACAAAACUGCGCAUUGAUCUGGAGGCUCCAACAGGGAACAAGGGAUAUGCUGUGUAUUCUUCGUUCUCUAUAUCCGACGAGACUGAUUUUUAUCGCCUGAGUGCGAGCGGAUACUCAGGUACUGCUGGAGAUUCCCUUACGACUUCUUCAAAUUCAGCUUGGAUCGCCAACAACAUGAGGUUUACCACAUUUGAUAGGGAUAACGAUGCAUGUUCAUGUAAUUGUGCUCAGCAAAGAGGUGAUGGUUGGUGGUACAAAUGGUGUAGUAUCUCGAACCUUAAUGGGAAGGUUUGGUCUACCUUCGGUCAAAUCUUCAGGACCGAAAUGAAGCUGAAAUAAUAACGGGAUGACCUACAUUCUUCAGGAUGUGUUUGCAGUAUAAAAC